AUGUUUUCUCCUUCAAAGCCGAUGCGUCCACCACGGCCGCGCCCGCAGGAUAACAAUAAUGGGAUUAGCUAUGUGCACUCCCAUAGAUGUUUAUCUGCACACAAGGAUUCGGUUGGGAUUCGACAUUUUCGUCCACAUAUUCCUAAGUACAUGAGCUUCGUCACACCAUCUGGCGUCCAACCCGAAAAAGAUGACCAAACACCUGAUAGCAUGAACCAUAAUGCUGACAUAAAUUUUCGUGUUUGUGAUUCUAAUUGUCCCAUAUAUAUGAAUUCUGCGACCGCUGCUAUUUCGAAUGAUUGUGUAUUACAGGGUCAUAUUUCCAGCAAUCAGAAUUUACUUCAGCCAUUUGGAGAUACUUGUGAACAUUUUAUGCAUAUAGGAAACACCAAGCAUACGUACAACAUCAAUUAUACCAGACGGGAUGGGGAAACCGUGCCUAUGAGAAGCAUUACCCCCAAUUUUAAUCGUCAUCGUAGCUGCACCAGAAACACUCGACAAAUAAAUGGCUUACAGCCUCGAGGUUGGUUUCCUUCGCAGUCAGCCUCUGGAAAACCGGAGACUUUACACCAAACUGAGGCAUUGCUGGAUCCGCAUGUGGGCCCUACCCAACUUCGGCAGCAGCGAGCUCUUUCCGUGCUUUCAGCAACUAGAGCAUCAGAAUGUGACAAUGCUUCUCACGAGUACAGCCGCGAUUGUUAUCUUUCAAAAGAGCACUUUUUGCUCCCACAAGCCCCUUUAAACUUCCGCCGUCAGAGAGAGUCUAUUAUUGCAGAAAGUUUGCAAGGAAACAUCAAUGAGGGCAAGCAACGUGAUUGUCACGAUGCAAAUAUUUUGAGUCCUCAAAGAACUGUAUAUAAAUUAUCGAGUGGAGGGGAAAUAGGGGUCAGUAAAAAACGUCAUCAUAAUGAUCAUAGACUUCCUAUUGUUCUAGACACCUGUGCUAAGAUUCAAGAUAAAAGUGUCUUAGUUCCUGGUGAAGCUAUCGAUAUCAACGUAAAAGAGAGGAUCGUUCAUAAUGAAGAGAUCUUUAAGCCUACGCAUGUGCCGAUACGCCGAUAUCCAUCAGUGACAGCCUUUCCCCAGAACGCGCUCUCACGCACGCAUUUCAGUCAAUUUUCCACACAAUCUUCUCACUGUUCAUCAGUGCAGUUUGAUACAAAUUUUGUUUCAAUACUGAAGAUCGUGAGGAUCACACCAUUGCCGUCCAGGGCUAGGCUGCAGAUGCCCCCACUGCUUGCGAGUGUCAGUUACAUGCAAAGUAAUCCUCAGGAGUGUGAAAAUAUUAUGAAGAGGCUAUAUUGCGCAUUGAGCGACGAGAGUGCGACCCAUAUCACCGACAAUUUUUUUCAGCAUGACACUGGCAGUGUGCACAACUCGCUCGAACUGGAUGGCGCCCAAAUGUGUUCGGCAAAGGAGUGCGCAGCGUUAAGGCACAUGUCGGUAGGCUCAGGUUAUAAUCUUUCAUCAGACACACCUUUGUCACUUCUUCCUCAUUCAAUCAUAUCCUGUGGGUUAGCUUCACCAGGUUCCUUACAACGUAGUAUUGUGCACUCCGAAAACAAUAACUUAUGCAAUCAGAGUGAGCACUCCCUUCUCACUAAUAGUAUCCCAUAUCGUGUAAAUAACAGGCAAGAUAGUUCCACGAAUAGGAAACACUCGUUAUUGAGUAGCACCUCCAUCUUGGAAGCAACUGCACAGGUGGUACUGGGUAUGAUUGCCACAACAACAUGCAGCAAAGCGCCUGACAGUGAGCACUUGUCGGUAGAAAUAACACCAGAAGUAGCUGGGCACGAAAUUGCUUCAAAAGAAGUGUCAUUACAGUCGUUGCCACAGCUUCCAAUUAUGGUUACCCAGAGAGACAAACAUGCCUUGUCUUUUACUCCGAACAGUAAUGCAUUUUCGAGCAAAAAGUCCCUUGGCACGUUUGAUGGUCUCACUAGGCCCACUGCGACAACCCCCGAGGAGUCUACUGAAAUGGAGUUAUAUGGCAGUGAGUAUAUUUCGGGCAUUGAAUUUUCUCACUCUCCUAUGACUGUCAGUGUAAACCCCAAUUGCUUUUCAAUGCCGUUCAACAAGUGUUCUUUCUUCGCGAAGGAAAUGAAUAUAAGUUAG